GGCUCAGCAGUUUUUGGGGAAAACACAUCAAAGUACACUCUUCAAGAUCACUAUACCCAGGCAGUAUAUUUCAUCUUCUAGAAAAGUCUGCUCUUCUUGUCUUUGCCUGGGGAUCUCUGCAGAGACUGAAUGAGAAGACAGCUUUGCAGGUAAGGUAACUGCCAAGAUGUUUCACUUACAAGGCCCACAAGUGCUGCAGAUGCUUGAGAAAUCCUUGAGGAAGAGCCUCCCUGAGUCCUUAAAGGUUUAUGGGAGUGUCUUCCACAUGAAUCAGGGAAACCCAUUCAAGCUCAAGGCCCUGGUGGACAAGUGGCCUGAUUUUAAUACAGUGGUUAUCCGCCCUCAGGAGCAGGAGAUGACAGAUGACUUUGAUCACUAUACCAACACCUACCAAAUCUAUUCUAAGCAUCCCAAGAACUGUCAAGAAUUCCUUGGUACAUCAGAUGUCAUCAAUUGGAAACAACAUUUGCAGAUCCAAAGUUCACAGUCCAGCCUGAAUGAGGUGAUACAGAAUCUUGGAAGCACUAAAUUGGUCAAGGUCAAGCAAACACAACGCAUUCUCUAUGUGAUGCCAGAGACAGCGAGGAAACUGCUCCCUUCCCUGCCAGAGACAAAGAAUUUACCGCUUAAAUCUAUCAGCCCCAAGGCCAUUAACCAAGAGAUGUUUAAACUCUCAUCCCUGGACAUUACCCACGCUGCCUUGGUGGAUAAAUUCUGGAAUUUCGGUGGCAAUGAGAGGAGCCAGAGAUUCAUCGAGCGCUGUAUCCGGAACUUCCCCACCGUAUGUCUGCUGGGGCCUGAGGGGACCCCUGUGUCCUGGUCUCUGGUGGACCAGACAGGAGAGAUGCGGAUGGGUGCCACUGUGCCUGAGUACCGGGGGCAGGGUCUCAUCUCCCAUAUCAUGCGUGUCCAUACCCAGGUUCUAGACAAACUUGGCUUCCCUGUAUAUAACCAUACAGACAGAGCCAACAAAAUUAUACGGAAAAUGAGUCACAAUAUGCAUAAUAUCUCCAUGCCCUGUGACUGGAACCAGUGGAAUUGUGUGCCUAAUAAAUUGUAACUAGCAGUAAAGCAGUGCAUGUUAUUUGGGUUCUGGGAAAGCAGUGUGAAUGGUCAACAGAGCCACCACCAUCUCUGCUCGCAAACCACUCAUAGACUUCCCUUUGGGUCCAGCAGAACUGGCAUGGCCAGACAUUCCUGUAGUGAACUCUGGUCUUGUCCAGUUUCCUACACUUUUGGAUCUCAGUGAGACUCUAUUCAGCUGUAUCUGCCCUAAUGCUUCUCCUGGAAUUCCUAUCUCACACGUGGAUUGCUGACAAUAGACAUAUCUUGUCAGUUUUGCCAAGAGCUAGAGAUACCUACUUAUCUAGAGACAAAAUGAUAUUAUCUUAUGAAUAGUGUAAUUUUCCCUCUCUUUUUCCAUUAUCCUCCCUUCACCCCCUCCCCAGAUUUAUUUAGGUAUAAUUGACAAAUAAAGCUAUAAUUUACUUAAAGUGUACAACAUGAUGAUUUGAUAUAUGUGUACAUUGUGAAAGUAUCCCACAACCAAGUUAAUUAAUACAUCACCUCACAUACUUACUUUGUGUGUGUGUGUGAGAACGCUUAAGAUCUACACUCUUAGGAAAUUCCAGUGAUAAAUAUUAUUAACUAUGGUCAUCAUACUAUACAUUAAAUCCUCAGCACUUACUCAUCUUAUAACUGAAAGUUUGUACCUUUUUACCAACCUCUCCCUAUUUCCUCCACAUCCCAACCCUGGAAACCACCAUUCUACUCUAUGUUUCUAUGAGUUCCACUUUUUUGUUUUUCUUAGAAUCCACAUAUAAAUGAUACUAUGCAGUAUUUGUGUUUCUUCAUCUGGCUUAUUUCACUGGUUUACAAUUUUCUUUUAAUCCAUAUGACUAGUAAGGAAAAUAUCCAUAAUCAAUAAAGAAUAAAUGCAACCCAC